AUGCGAAGUUUGGCGAAGGUGAAUACAAGGCAGCCGAAGACAAAUACAAGGAAGCCACUGGCAAUUUGCCCUUCGGAGGAAGUGUCACUUCUCUCAGUUCUACAUUCCAAUCUCUCGGCUGCGUAUAUCAAACAAGCUCUGUGGGAGGAAGCGGCAGGAGCAGCCACAAAAGCAAUAGAGGCCAACUCAACGAACGAUAAAGCUCUGGAACGGCGAGCCUUUGCAUAUUCAAACGUUUCUGAGAAAUACCAGAAUGCUCUCGAAGACUAUGAGCUACUCAAGGAGAGGUUUCCUCAACGAACCCAGUACUUGAGAAAAAUUGAAGAGCUGCGGCAAAAGAUUAAAGAACGAGACGAAAAACUGAAGACUGAAAUGAUAGAAAAACUGAAAGAAUUGGGAAAUGUCUGCUUGCGACCUUUCGGUCUUUCGACUGAUAGUUUUGAAAUGGUCCCAAAUGGCGAAGGAGGAUAUAGCAUUUCAAUGAAAAACAGCACGACGUGA